CUAACACAAAACGACCAUUCAUGACUUGACUCAGACUUUACAAGCCAAUGUCGUGUCACGUACAGUGAGAGGAAGAACUGACAGAUGAAAAAACUAACAAAGAAAAAUUGGUGUGAACCACGGCUGCAUCAAGAUUCACGUUCUCAAUGCACUUUUAAGUCAAUAGAUUGUUGUACAUCUUUAUUAGAGUACUAAAUCAUUAAUUGUGUGAAACUGCACUCUUACCUUUCUACAUUUCUACUAGACUUCUACAUUUCUACUAGCCUAAUUUGCUUGCAAGAAGCUAUGGGUAGAAGUGGUGUUGUGAUAUUAUUACCAUUUGUUCUUGUUUUCAUGGAAUUAGGAGUUGGUGUUGGGUUGCAAAUCAAUAGAGAUCAUCAAUCAAAUGUAAGCUGCACAGAGGGUGAGCUGAAAGCUCUUCUCAUGUUCAGGGAAUCUCUCAUUGAUCAUUCAAAUCGUCUGUCCUCAUGGGUUGGAGAAUACUGCUGUACGUGGACAGGAGUGGGUUGCAGCAAGAGGACACGCAGAGUCGUCAACCUUGAUCUACACAAUCCAAUUCCGUACCAUUCUAGAAAUUAUGGUAGAGCCAGAUUGCGAGGUGAGAUAAGUCCUUCUAUUCUCAAUCUGAGGCAUUUGCAUUACAUCGAUAUGAGCAAUAAUGAUUUUUCAGGAAGCCAAAUUCCAGAAUUCCUAGGUUCCCUUAAGAACCUCAGAUAUCUUGACCUCUCCCUUUCGUAUUUUGAGGGGCAAAUUUCCCCUCAAUUUGGAAACCUCUCCAACUUGCAACAUCUCAAUCUUGGCUUCAACAAUUUACAAGGUCCAAUUCCAGAUACUCUUAGAAGGCUGUCAUCUCUCAGUUUUCUUGAUCUUAGUGGCUUUGAUGGAUCAUUUUCCCCAAUGCCUAGUUGGUUGUGUAAAAUGAGCAGCCUUGUUCAUUUGGGACUCCGUUUGGUAUGGUACCAUGGUCCGAUUCUUCCUUGCCUUUGGAACUUGACUUCUCUCACUUUUCUUGAUCUCUUUUGGAAUGCUUUUGAAGGUUCACUCCCAAGUGAGAUAGGCAAUCUUACACAACUUACUGUCCUUGAUCUCUCUCAGAAUAGUUUUGAAGGUUCAGUCCCAAGUGAGAUAAGCAAUCUUACACAACUUACUGUCCUUGAUCUCUCUGGGAAUAGUUUUGAAGGUUCAGUCCCAAGUGAGAUAGGCAAUCUUACACAACUUACUGUCCUUCACCUUUCUGACAACGAGUUAGAAGGUGAAAUACCAAACACCAUAAGGAAUCUCUGCAGCUUGAGCAGUUUCAAUUUGUCUCAUAACAAGUUCAACGGAGAGGUUCCAUUUUUCCUGGGAAAUACAUCUACUUGCCUCCAAAAAAGUUUAAAGGAGUUAAAGCUUGGGUCAAAUAAGUUCAGUGGUUUCCUGCCAAAUCAGUUGGGAGAGUUCAAGAUGCUAGAGGUGUUAGAUAUCUCUCAUAAUUUAUUUGGUGGUCCAAUUCCAGCAUCAAUUGGAAGACUGUCAUCAUUAAGAUGGUUAUUUGCUUAUAGUAAUCAGUUGAAUGGGAGCAUUCCUUCGAGUCUUGGACAACUUUCAAGGCUAGAGCGGUUAGAUGUCUCUAACAAUUCAUUGGAAGGUAUGGUAUCUGAACUUCAUUUUGCCAAACUCACCAGGUUAGAAUGGUUGAACAUGUCUUCGAACUUGUUAAUUGUGGUGAAUGUGAGCAUCCAAUGGGUUCCUCCAUUUCAACUCCAAAUUAUUGAUAUGGCUUCCUGCAAAUUGGGACCCCAAUUUCCUCCAUGGCUUCAAACACAGAAACAUGUUGAAACCUUGGUAAUUUCCAAUGCAAACAUCUCAGAUACCGUCCCUGACUGGUUUGGGAAUUUGUAUUCUCAUAUCAACCUCUUAGAUAUAUCUCACAACCAGAUUUGUGGAAAGUUGCCCAAGUUUCAAGAAUCUAACGUUACUGCUGCGCGGAUAUUUUUGAAUUCCAACAAGUUUGAGGGCCCCUUAACACCAUUUCUUUCACAUGUCACUGAAUUAGAUUUUUCAGACAACUUACUUUCAGGUGAUUUUCCUCUCGUUGAUGAUAAUAUUUAUAAGAGCUUUGUGUAUCUUAAACUCUCAAAUAACAAUUUGACUGGUGAUAUUCCAAAGUACAUAUGCGAGAUGCGGAAUCUGCUAAUACUUGAUCUAUCGAAAAAUAGAUUAUCAGGAACACUCCCUUGGUGCAUUGGGAACUUGCAAGAAUUGCGUGUGCUUGAUCUGAAAAAUAACAAUCUAGACGGUGAUAUUCCAAGUUCUUUGGGUUCUUUAACACUGCUCAAUUCUUUGCACUUGCGCAACAACAUGCUUCAUGGGAAGAUCCCUUCGUCUUUGCAGAAUUUGAAAUAUUUGCGCAUUCUCGAUCUAGGUGAUAAUGAAUUAACAGAUAUUAUCCCUCCAUGGAUUGGAGAAAUGUCUCAUCUACGAUUUCUCAUUCUUCAAUUGAAUAAGUUCCAUGGUUAUAUUUCUCCACGGCUUUGCCACCUUUCAGCUCUUCAGGUGUUAGACCUAUCACAUAACAACAUAACGGGAAGGAUCCAUCGCUGCUUUGCCAACUUUACUGCCAUGGUUGUGAAUCAAAAUGGAAUAGUGUUUGACAAUUAUGGGUUGACAGCUGGCCCAGCCUAUAGCGAGAGCAUUUUAAAUUACAUUAAAGGUAUUCAACUUGAAUACACAAAAACACUCCAAUUUCUCACAUCUAUAGAUAUUUCAAACAAUCAGAUAGUCGGAGAGAUUCCUGAAGAGGUGAUGGAUCUUACUGGAUUGCUGAGUUUCAACGCAUCCAAAAAUCAUCUAAAUGGAAGGAUCCCGAGGAAGAUUGGAAACAUGAAAGCUUUGGAAUCACUUGAUUUGUCCAGAAACAAACUUUCUGGUUCAAUCCCUCCAAGCUUGUCCGCUUUGAAUUUUUUAAGCUACUUAAACUUGUCGUUCAACAACUUGUCAGGGCGAAUACCAACAGGAAAUCAACUCCAAACACUCGAUGAUCCAUCAUCCAUCUAUAUGGGCAACAAUCAACUUUGCGGACCACAAAUCUUGAAGAGUUGCCAUGGUGAUACUUCGUCUGAUAUUGGUCAUCAUGAUCCACAUGUUCCUGAGAGUAAAGAUGAAGAAGAUGAGUCGGAACGUCUGGCAUUCUAUACUGCCAUUGGACCGGGUUUCUUGGUUGGCUUCUUGGCAAUUUGUGGCAUUUUGCAUUUCAAAAAGUCUUGGAGGUAUGCGUGGUUUCAGUUUGUGGAGAAUACUUACAACAACCUACUAGUGGCAGUUGCAGUGAAGGCAAUUUGGGUGCGGAGAAAGUUCCACAAAGAUGAAAUGGGAGGAUAAUUUCCUCUCUGAAAUGGUUUUAAAUUCAGUUGAAGCAGAUGAGAUUCAGGUGGAAGCAGACAGAGUGAGCAGUGGGUUUUCAUAAGCUGUCGAUGGAAAAGGAUCGCUACUACAAUAAAGUUCAGAAAAAUAAAGUUAGACAAUGAUAUAUAUUAUAUAUUUUUGGUAAUUUGUUAUAAUUUUAGUGUGAUAAUUGUGUGUCUCUCCUAAAACAUAUAUUGUCUUGAUUCAAUAUCUAUAUUAUGCGAAUUAUUAGACUCUUAUUAGACUCCUCGUAGGCUUGCACUUGUAUAUACAUACACACAUGUAUAUAUAUGUACAAGAUACCUAUGGUACAUGAUACAUCCGUAUCAGUUUCCAAGUCCGUCCAGGAUUAUUAUUUUGUGGAAAGCCUGAGAAUUUAGCAAAAGUCUCAAACCAUGCAUAGUGGAUAUAUUUUAUAUUUGCUUAAAUCAAGGCUUGAACUUAAAACCUCAA